AUGCUCCCUGCUAUGCUGAAGAGCUUUUUUUGGGACAUUCACAUACCGCUCACAAAGGAAGUGAAGUACACUAUUUUGGGUAUUUCUGUCAUUCUCUUUCUCGUGGCCUUCUGCAUUCUGAUAUGGCAGGUACACCUAUACUGUGUACAGGCACCUGCUUCCAAAUACACUGGUAUUGGCUCACUAUUAGACAGCCAGUCUGAGAAGCAUGAGAAUCUUCAAAAUGACUCCAAAUCAGUAGACUAUAAGCUGGAGUCAUGUCAGGACAAGACUGAGCAGCUGAGCAACUGCCUGAUACGCAGCUCUGAGCUGGGCAGCAGCACGGACAGCCUGGGCGAGACAUGCAGGGAGCGUGUGCAGGGCUCACUCCGCUUCUUGCUCUUCUAUGACCGGGUGCAGUCACAGCUGUUUGUCACUGUGCUGGCGGCGCGGGAGCUCAGCCGCAGCACAUGCCUGUUCGUCCGCGUGCGGCUGCUAUGGGCCUCGGCAGAGUGUGAAGAGCCGCACCUAAUGUGCGUGCUCCAGGAGUGGCAGACACGCCUGGUCAAGGACUCCUGCAACCCCACAUUUAGAGACCAGUUCUCCUGCAAGCUGGCUGAGGAGGAGGUGCCCAGGGUCAUGGUCCGGUUCGAGAUCAGAGAUUUUGAUAAAUACUCCAGACAUGGCAUUCUGGGGGAGGUCCGGGUACCUCUGAACAGUCUGAAAAUUUCACAUCCCUUGAGAAUGCUAGAGGACCUACAAAAAGCAAAAAAAGAUAUUGUUGGAGAAGUCCUGCUGUCUCUGAGAUACAUGCCCACAUCUCAGAGACUGGAAUUGGGAGUCCUGAAAGUCAGAGCACUUUCCCAGUCCAGUAAGACAAAGAGAGCACUUUAUGCCAGGACCAGUGUUCUGUGCAACCAGUGUAAAAUUCGCCACCAGAAAACCUCAGAGAAGAUUCACUGUGACGUGACGGUGUUUAACGAAGUCCUGAUUUUUGUGCUGCCUGACACACAGAUAAGGGAGUGCACCAUCAAAGUCUCUGUCUAUGAGAGACGCCCUGGCAAGAAAUCCUCCAAGCACCUGAUUGGUAAGGCUAGUAUUGGGAAGGAAAAGGCCAAAGAGGACGAGCACUGGAAAUUAAUGAUGUGGUCACUUCGACAGCCAAUUGCGAAAUGGCACUUGCUCUACCUAUAA